GGCGGCGUCGGCGGGGGGCGGCCAAGAUGGCGGCGGCGGCUCAGGCGCUGAGCUGCGCGGGUCUGCUGCUGGCCGCCGCCGCCCUGGCCCUGCUGGCCGUGGCCAUCGGCACCGACUCCUGGUACGAGACGGACGCGCGGAGGCACCGCGAGCGCUGCCGGGGCUACGGCCACAAGCGCCACCCCAUCAGCGACCCGCCGGGCUCCAUGUCGGCGCCCAUCCCGCAGCUGCCCCUCCGCGCCCGCCCGCCCAGGGCCCUCCUCGCCGCCGCCGCCGGGAAGGAGGACCAGGCCCCGGACCCGGCCCGGGCCGCAGAAGCAGGCAAGGCGGCGGAGAAGGCGGCGGGGGCGGCGGGGGGCUCUCCCCCGGCCCCUCCCGCGCGCCCCGCCGCCCUGGUCCUGGAAUCGCACUGCGGCCGGCGCUUCAACUCCACCGUCUCGGGCCUCUGGCGGCGCUGCCACCGCGAGGGCUUCGAGCCUGACAGCGAGGAGCUCAUCCAGAAAGGAAUCAUCCAGCGCUGCUCAGCUGUGAAGUAUCACUACACCUCAUCUUCCCUGCCACGCAAUUUGCCGGUCAAUAUUACCAACACAAUUCGCCAAGAUGAAUGGCAUGCUCUCCAUCUGCGGAGAAUGACAGCUGGCUUCAUUGGUAUGGCAGUUUCCAUCAUCCUGUUUGGAUGGAUUAUUGGCAUGCUGGGCUGUUGUAAACAGCAUGAGCUCAUGCAAUAUGUAGCAGGGCUGCUCUUCCUUAUGGGAGGUACCUGCUGCAUCAUUUCCCUUUGCACCUGUGUGGCUGGGAUCAACUUUGAGCUGUCCCGUUAUCCCCGCUACGUCUACGGCUUGCCAGAAGACAUCAGUCAUGGCUAUGGCUGGUCCAUGUUCUGUGCCUGGGGAGGCCUGGGGCUGACCCUCCUGGCAGGAUUCUUAUGCACACUGGCUCCCUCGCUGAACAGCCCUCGGACUGUGGUACAGAAACCUAGACAGGAAAACGGUGCCGUGUGAUAUGAAGGCCGCAAAGGACUCUCUAGCAAGCACAGUCCAGCAGUAGGUUCCCACCGAUGCAACGUGGGCACCUGAGAUUCAUGAAGCAAGGGUGGCCCCUCUCGUGGAACAAAUUAAGGGGCGCAAUUGCUUUUUCAAUGUCUUGGGGGGACACCACUCGUUGAUUCUUCAGCCUGCCUGUCUCUGAUACAAACGAACUGAUCAGGUUCAUUUUUAUUCCUGGUUUGCCUAAAGGAAAGUUUUCUGUUAAAUAGGGUGUGUUGCUGUAGGAUCUGUGUACCAUUUAAGCUGAACCAGAUUUCUGCUAGGGGAAGCCACUGUGAAUUCUGUUUGGUGUCCAGUGACUCAAAGGAACUCCAUUUCAAGGAACUCUUAAGGACAAGCCAGAGUCAAAGGCCAAAGGGAAAUUCAUCUAGUCUCAGUAUUGAUUCUCCUUUGCAGCAGAGACCUAGACCUCGAUUUGCAUUGAAGCAGCACUUGAAGUCAGCUUGUUCUGAGGGGGCUUUAAUUAUUCAGACAGGGAGGUUAGAAAGUACUUCCUCUGGACCACUCAGUAUCUGAGCCUUGUCAGUUCUGGAAGCCAAAUAUGCAUAGCAGCUCAUGAAAUCAUUUGCAAGGUUGAUGCAUAGGAUACAAGGGGAAAAUGGAAUUUAACUAGGUUUCAGAUGCUUACAAGAUUCUUCCACAAGGGGGCACACCUGAGUUAGUGAUAAUAAAUCCACCCAAAAGUAUGCAAGUGGUCCAAACUUACAGACAGGAAUAAUGGUCUGCGAAUUUAAUUGGGUUACUGACU